UCCACUGAUCUUAGCAGCUACUGCUGGCCAUCAAAAAGUAGUAGAAAUUCUUCUUAAUCAUGGAGCUGAUAUAGAAGCCCAAUCUGAACGUACAAAGGAUACACCUUUGUCACUUGCAUGUAGCGGAGGCAGAUACGAAGUGGUUGAGCUCCUUCUUAACCGUGGUGCCAAUAAAGAACAUCGCAAUGUUUCUGAUUAUACCCCAUUAAGUCUUGCAGCAUCUGGUGGUUAUGUGAAUAUAAUAAAGCUUCUUUUAAGCCAUGGCGCCGAAAUUAAUUCAAGAACUGGUUCGAAAUUGGGCAUUUCUCCUCUUAUGCUUGCUGCUAUGAAUGGUCAUACUGCGGCAGUUAAAUUACUUCUUGAUAUGGGCAGCGAUAUUAAUGCACAAAUAGAGACAAAUCGUAAUACUGCUUUAACACUAGCAUGUUUCCAAGGAAGACAUGAAGUUGUUAGUCUUUUACUUGAUCGAAAAGCUAAUGUGGAACAUCGCGCUAAGACGGGAUUAACACCAUUGAUGGAAGCUGCUAGUGGAGGAUACGUUGAAGUAGGUCGUGUAUUACUUACCAAAGGCGCUGACGUUAACGCAACUCCUGUUCCAUCAUCUCGCGAUACUGCCCUUACAAUUGCUGCUGACAAAGGUCACUGCCGUUUCGUAGAAUUGUUACUAUCGAGGGGAACUCAAGUUGAAGUAAAAAAUAAAAAAGGAAAUAGUCCUUUAUGGCUUGCUGCUAAUGGAGGACAUCUUAAUGUAGUAGAUCUAUUGUAUCAUGCUGGAGCGGAUAUAGAUUCUCAGGACAAUCGUAAGGUAUCAUGUUUAAUGGCGGCAUUUCGCAAAGGACAUAUUAAAGUGGUGAAAUGGAUGGUAAAUCAUGUAACACAAUUCCCGAGUGAUCAGGAUAUGACAAGAUAUAUAGCGACUAUUAGCGACAAAGAGCUUUUAGAAAAGUGUCAAGAGUGUGUUAAAGUAAUAAGAGCUGCGAAAGAAACUCAAGCUGCUAAAGCCAAUAAGAAUGCAACAAUACUAUUGGAGGAACUUGAUAUGGAAAAGACAAGGGAGGAAUCAAAGAAAGCAGCAGCCGCUCGUAGACGCGAAAGAAAGAAAAAGAAGAAAUUGGAAAAGAAAGAGGAAAGACGAAAACUUCACGAGGAAUAUAAAAAAAACGAAUCGAAUUUUGAUGAGAAGGAGGAGAAUGAGAAAAAAUCUGUAGAUGAAGAAUGUGAUAGAGCGGAAGAUAGUGAACACGAAGGUGGCGAUAGUUGUGAAAGAGUGGACAGUGUACCAUCACCUGUUAAUAGAAGCCCGGAAGAUCCUGAUAGAGAGGAAGGUGAUAGUGGUAUUGAUGCAAACAGUCAAGGUAGUUGUAGUAGUAAUGAUGUCAAGGCGAGAGAGAAGAAAAAAGAUAAGAAAAAGAAGAAAAGUAAUAGUCCUAGUAACAAUGACAAGGAUACUUCCCCGCAACGAUCAUCUAAAUCUAUUAUCACGCAGAAUACUUCUAUACCUCAGAAUACUGUAACACCUACUAAAUCGCAAAAUAGUACUUCCGAAAAAAGAAAUUUGAGUAAUGUCACCAGUGCAACAUCUAUGACGUCUACUUCAACCACAAAUACAAGAACAUCCGUCAAUUGUGGAGAACGUAAACUGAAAGGACAGUUGGUAUUUGAAUCAUCAAGGCAUCCAGCUGAUAGAGAAGAUUUUGAAGCCACUGGUAAUGAAACAUAUAUACCUGGAAAAGGGAAAAAACCUUACAGUAAUCAAUAUGACGGGGAUUCUUUAAAUACAUCUUCAAAAGCAACUAAUACGACUAGCCCAAAACAAGGGGGUAAACGCGAGGAAGGUUGGAAAGAAGUUGUACGCAAGGGCCAAUCUGAUGAUUCGGGGAGAUUCAUGAACUCUCCUUUCCGUUCUAAAAAGGUUUCAGUGCCACCAAACGCUAUUAGUCGAGUAAUCGGUAGAGGUGGAAGUAAUAUAAAUGCCAUUAGAGGUGCAACAGGCGCUCAUAUUGAAGUAGAAAAACAAAGCAAAUCUCAAGGAGAAAGAAUAAUUACCAUCAAAGGAUCAUCUGAUGCUACAAAACAAGCACACACACUAAUUGCAGCACUUAUAAAAGAUCCGGACGUUGAUAUUCUGCAAAUGCUGCCAAAAUCCAAACUUACUGUUGUCACAACUUCAUCUUGGGAUAAGGCUGUCUCCACUGUUGCCGCAACGAAGGCUAAGGUUGGUCCUGUAAAUAAGCCUACUACUUUAGGAUCUACUACCAGUAAUCCUCAGUCGAACAAAUCAGGAUACACAUCGGGAGUAUCCACUAUCAAUCAGCUGAUUCCUCUUCGGAGCGCGUCUACUAUUAAACUUGCCGGUGCCUUUCCAACAUCUUUACCAAGGGCUACAGCGCCUAGAUUGGUAGCUGCAGCUGAAAAACGUGCACAAGCUGCAGCUGCCCAAAUGGCUUCAUCAUCGAAUACGAAGACAACAAUGUCUUAUACCAGCGCAAUCAUGACAGCGGGACGGGCUACAAAAAUCGUGACAACAAGUACCACGCAAACGUUUGCAGCAAAGCUUUCUGAGAUCACUUCCUCGACGCAUACAUCUACCACUGUCAUGCAAUCGACUCAUACUACUGUAAACAAGCAAAAGUCUUUGCAAGCUAACACUGUGACUAUAGUAUCGGCUACAGCCGCAGGUACAGCUCAGACAUCUUCUCAGCAGUCUCUAGUUAGUACAUCGCCAAAGCACUGCCGACCACUGCCUACUUUGUCUGCCCCGCCAACUAUCGCACCUCAUUAUACUGGAAAACCUAAUUAUUCGUCUGGAUCAAGUGUAACUCCAUCUGGUAUAAACGUAACGUCGACCUGUUCGGAAACCAACGUGGUGUCAACUUCUGCUAAUUCUGUACGUGUAACACCCUCACCACCUGCUGUAUCGCAAGCUCAAAACUUACAGCAACAACAUCAACAACAGCAACAGCAACAGCAACAACAACAACAGCAACAGCAACAACAACAAUUGCAACAGCAGCAACAACAAGUGCGUAGUUCUACUCCUAUUGCGCCUACAUUACAAGAGCAACAGCAGCAGCAACAGCAACAACAGCAACAGCAGCAGCAGCAACAGCAACAACCGAACAAUGCACCACUCGAGUAUUCCUUAUUUAAUGAUAGUUUCACGAAAGUGACACAGCAAUCAAUGUGGGGUGGUAGAGAAAAUGAAUCUCAAAAAAGUAUGAACUUCGCCACGGUUGCUGGAGGUGGAGUAUCAGUAAAUACAUCUGGCUCAUCGACAUCCAAAUUCAUCGAUAGUGUCCCACCUCAGGUGGAUGCAUCUAAGGCACCAGGUUACAGAGGAACAGCUAUGUGUUCUCCCGUUUCAAGUAAAUCUAGCGGCGUAACAAAUACGUCUGGAAAUACCAUAGGCGGUGGUAUCUCAUCCUCCGUACAUAAUCCAAUACAACCUCCCCAAUUCCAAUCCUCCGCGAAUUAUAACGAGCAUCCUCUUCCGAAUAAGCCACCGGGUAGUUUAGCCGUAGCUCGACCAGUGAUUCCCCAGCAAAGCAUGGAAAUGGGUUCCACAAUGACGCAAUUUAAUCGGCCAGUCUUUCAAGGUGAUCUUACGACCCGGAACGCGACAACGCAUCAGCCACAUGUUAUGCCCUCUACGUCUCAGCCUACGCUAGACGUUGGUUUAUUUAAAACUAAUAAUGGCAGUUAUGAACAUCCAAGCGUAAAUUCGAGUUUACUUAAAAUGGUACCAAACGAAGGGCAAGCAGCGCAUCCUUUAUUACCCUUUCAUCCUCAUAUGCAAAGUUAUACACAGACUAUACCACAGUCUGCUUCUGUAAAUACUACCGUUAGUAUGUCCAGAUUGAAUCCCAGAGCGCCCGACUUCUCUAGUUCAUUGCACUUGAGUAGCAAGCCUCAAGUGACUAUGUUUAACACAGGAUCAGGAAUUCAUCCCAAUAUGUUUGCUACCGUACCAGCACCUCCUCCAUCCGCGAUGCAAACCAAUAAUUUAGCCAUGCUGGGUAAUUUCCCUCUAGGAAAAUAUCAAGCUCCAUCACGCGGAACACCUAGUACUGGUAUCUCGGCAAAUGGUCAAACUCGUUGGCCAUUUGCACCUCCUCAUACUAAUUAUCCUCCGCAUCAGGAUCCAAUGAUGGGACAAAUUAGUUUUUCGAAUCAUAUGGCAAAUAUGACCGCACAACCUGGUAGUAUAGACUUAAUUACAAGUCUGGAAAAUGGAGGCUCACCAACGAUAUCACCAUCGUCACCGGCACAGGUUGCUCAGGAAAUUAAUCAAUUGAAAAUAGAAGAUAGAAAAGUGCCGCGUCCGAUUGGUACGGAAAGAGCGUGGAAGAAUUAUACGGCUACAGGAAUGGGGCCUGGUGGUGAUGCCGAAUCCCUCAAUUGGAUGCUUAAUAACGAAAAACUAGUGGGAUCUUGGGCAAGCUUAGCUCCUGGCAUAGAUAGGCAUCAGAUGUUUCGCUCAAAUGCUACUUACAACCGUAUAUCUAAUGUUGAUGCCGAACUUCAUCAAAUGAUGGAAUCUUCCUUCCAGGGUCAUGUGGACGCUCAACAACCUUUUCCUAAUGGAAGUGCUGCCACUUUAUCUUUAAUGCCAGGUUUAACUUUGUUACCUGGACAAUUUGGAGCGCCUGGACUAGCAGAAAUGCCUCCUACUGAACCAACGAAAUUAGAUGCUCCCUCUUGGGGAAUUCCUGAUGCUGUCCAAGACAAACAACAUCCGGGGUGGAAUAAAUGGACUCAUUAAACAAAGAAGAUCUCUCAUCUCAAGAUAAUGUUUCUUUAUCGUCUGAUCUGGAUGAAGAGAAAUAGAUUCGCAAUUCAAAGUAGCGAUAGAUGGAACUGGCAUAACGAAGCGUUGUUUCUAGGCACAUCAACUACAUUACUACCUAUUAUAUUCAUUAAACUACAGAUCCAAUAUUACUUGUCAUGGUAGAAGAUAAGAUAGCAAAUCCUUACUACAGCUUAUUGCUAUUAUCUAGAGUAAUUAUCCGAUAAAUAUUGAAUACGGCAUAAACAGAUCAACGACGGCGAAGGACCGACAAAACAGAAAGUAAUGUAACAAUUAAGUUACCUCGUUCGUUCGUAAGUCGAUCCUUAGCGCCGGUAGUAGCACGCUCUAGAACUAACCGACAAGAAUCGAAACGAUGUUGAUGAUGGUGACUCUGUUACUCUGUCAUUGGAAUACUCUGCCAAUUUGCGAAAUACGAAUAUAAUAUUCUUUACCAUUCGAUGCAACGUGUGCGCGUAUAUUAUAAUGCAAAUAUGCACACUUGUAAUACACAUGCACCAGAGACAAAUGUUCAGCUUUGAUUUUGACGGUAGUAAAUCCUACAUAACAUGUAAGACUUUUGCCAAUGAUCAAUUAUUUCAUCAUUAUCAGCAGUCUCUUUGAUGCUUCUCUAUUCUGUAUUCUAUAUUCUGUAUUCUUAUAUGUUUUAGUUUCAUUGAAUAUAAGUAUGCUGUUAUUGAUAAUUCUUUAAUAUAUAAAAGACGCGAUAUAAGCACUAAACAUUUUUGCGAAUUUUACAAAGUCGUGUAUAUUAUUCCAUGGCUUUGCGUUAAAAUUUGAAUACAACCAUAUGCUGGAAGAUACUGAUAAAAAUAAGUGGAAGUUCAGAAUCCUAUGUAAUUUCGUAUAAUCGAUAUAUUCGUUCUUCCUGUUAUAUCCUCUAUACUCGCUCAUAAUCAUUUAAUUGAUGCUAUUAGUACUAUAAUUCCACUGCGCUCUAUAAAACUCAUGUUCAAUAUCAUUGUUAGCAGCGAUGAUAAUGAAAAACCUAUAGCGAACUGAUUGUAUAGAUUGCAACGAACACACGUUGGUGUUGCAUUGGCAAUAUUCAAUGACUAUGCUAGUUCGGGGCUUUAGUUCACCAUUCGCUGACACAAGCAUACACGGAUAUAUUAUUUUCAGAUUGUCCUUAUUAACAAGAUAAUAACCACCACCAUGUGACAGUUUAUUACGUGCACAGAUUAUCGUAUGACUGUUAGCAAAGAGAAAUUUAUACUUGAGCACAACGCAAGGAAAUGACCAGGCUCUUAAAACCCAAUCUACGUAAGCAAUGAUGUUGGCAAAAACCAACAUAUAAGAUUGUAUUAAUAAUACAUUAUAUUACGUAUACUGAAUCCUAUUCAGAUCAAUGAAUACUGUUCAUCAUUAAAGUGGUAGCGGACCGCCAACACGUAAUAUAACUGAGCGUGUCCUAGCGACAGUGCUAUUAUAAUACUAUUAUUGCUGUGGUGGUAAUGUUUAUUAUUAUAUUAUGAUUAUUAUUAAAAAAAAAGAAAAAAAAACAACUAGAGGAAAGGAAGGUGCAUAGGAAUGUGUCACCUGCUGUCUCGGCUGGACUAGUAGGAUAUACUAAAUAAUAUAGAUACACUCGAUAUAUGAAAUGUUCAUUUUAAUUGAACAUUUGAAAAUCUUUCUUGGCGGGGAUUUCGGCAAGUGUUCAAUACAUAACGACGAUACUAUAAUUGAAACGGUCCCCGUAUAAGUUUCAAUUAAGCUCAUGAAAAAUCAUACGAGGGCUUUGACCUAUAUUCCAGGGAGCGCUUCAAUUAUUCUCUAAGAUACAUUGUUAUAAUUUAAAGCCUAUUUUCAAAUUUGAUUUAUGAUAACUGCGAUAUAUGAUACAAAACUAUUAUAUGACAUAUAACAAUAAAGCAACUAAAUAAAUAAUGAUUUAAUGGUA